GCUGCGAACGUUACAGCAGCCGGAGAUCACUGCAGUGCAGCAGCCAACCAGCAAGCAGCUAGCCGAGGUGUCUACUCUCAGAGAAAUAUGGACGAAACGAUGAUACAAGUCAACGGCUGUCAGACUGACCCCCGCUGCAUGGGCCCAUAAACAUGUCCACAGAUGACAGUAUCUCUGAGGAUGUGUCCAGCUCGGGGGCUUUGAGCCAUUGCCAUGUCAGUGCUGACGGGGAUGUGGGUAAGGAGAGCGAGACCUCUUUGGUGUCCUCUGAGGGGACGUCAGCCUCGGGGCUGGCUGUCUCCGAGGAGAGACACACGACCUCCCAGACAACAGGAGGCACUGUGGAGAGCAGGCCCAUGGACAUCACACCAGCAUGCAACAAGAUCAGGAGUCUGUGUCUGAGCACAGAUGAAGCGUUCGAACAAGGGAAGAGCCUCCCAUUCAUCAACCCAAGCUCCCUCGAGACCCUUAGGGCCUUGGUGCAGGAGAUCCAGAGCAGCGGAGAGACCGACCCGGAGAUCUGGAAGGACUGUGAGGGCCGAUGGUUGCAUCUGUUUCAGCUGGUUGAGAAGCAAUACCAAGAGCAAAUACUCGCUCAGCAAGAACAAUACCAGUGCCAAAUACAGUUGAUUCAGGAUGAAAUUAAGGCUCUGGUUCAGCUCCAGAACCGCCAGGCCAGCGUCCAGUUCUCUCCAGCGUCAGUGACAAAAACUCCCCCACACACAAAGGACUAUAUAUUCCCCCUCAUCUCCAGUGACUGCACAGUCCCCAAAAAUGUGGCCAGUGACAAUGACAGCCUGGCAGCCCCUGCCCACACCCCGUUUAGCUCCCCGUCACCGCCGCUCCAGAGAUCAGAGACUGCCAACCAGGGGGAGGAGCGGGCGACCACGGUACUCAGCAGCGGGUACGGGACUCUGUCUGCUUGGGAAACAGGUCUGGAACCUGCUGGGUCUCUGGGGGACGAUGAGGAAGGUGGUCAAGAGAGGGAGAAGGAUCACUGGGCCCCGAACUUCCAGGAGGACACAGAGAUGACUGUGAUUGGGUGCCAGCAGGAUUCUUCUCACGAGAGGACUCUCAGAGUGCAUGGACCCAACCCAUUAAUCUACCAGCAGAGAAACUCUGGCACCAGCCAGCUUUUGACCUCGUGGGCACAGAUGCAGAAACUCAGGCCCAAGAAGAGCAAAGCAGGACAAGCUUCAUCCCAAACCCCCGAGCACCAAGAGCAGCCACGCAACCUCAGAGAACCCCACAAACAAAUCCCCCCCGAGAGCUCAGACCUCCAGGACCAGCAGCGAGCGGCCGGGCCGUCGUCCAGCUCUUUCCCCCUGAGGAGGAGUGACAGCCUGAUGUCUGAGGCAUCAGGCCUCACUUAUUGGCGUCUGAAUGAGAGUGAACUGUACCACCCCCUGCCGGACAGCUUCGACAGUGGCGCCUACCUCCUUCUGCAAGAGGCAUCCAUGAGUCUGGAGCCUCGGCUGUCCCUCAAAGAGAUCUACCAGAACAAGCAGAGAACAGACUGUAAGCGUUCAGACUGGGAAAGCUCUGUCACAUCCAGUCCUUCGUCACCACAGAUGCUGACCUUGGACCCAGCAGCGAACCAGCGUCAGUCUGAUCGUACCUCUGGCUUCACUUCGCCCUCUCACUUCAGCAGUCCUUCAUUCGCCGCACCUCAGCCCCACCUGUACCCCAGAGUAGGGACCCCUUUGACCCCCGACAGCAUGGUGGAGUGCAGUCCCAACCCUGGAGACACUGACUGCAUCUCUGAUACCUCCAGUGUCUCAGCUGCCGGGCCUUCCCCGUCUAAGGUGCAGAGCUCGUGGGGAAACCAGGCAGCAGCAGCAGCGUUUACCUCCCAGGAUAAAACUCAGCCCUGCUCCCACACAUCCAGCCAGCAACGCAGAGCCAGUGCCCCCUUAGCCAGUGAGGAGGAGGGCAGUCACACCCACACCAGCACCCUGAAGCCUUGCUCAGCCUCUGGUGCUUCGCUGCGGCCUGCAGUCAGUCCAAACAUGGAGAGAGCUUCAUCACUAGAGGACCCUGUCGUUCUUUCUCUACUGCGGCAGAACCUGAGAGAGAAGCACUCUCGACAUGUGGCUGAUCUGAAAGCGUAUUACGAGUCUGAGAUCCAAAUCCUGCGAGACAAACUGAAACUCAGAGAUUUGCCUCAGGAUUUAGAAAAGAGCAACCAGGUCCUCACAGAGAGGUGUAAGCACCUGGAGAAAGCUCUGGCUGAGGCUACCAGUCGCAUUCAAGAACUAGAGGCAACAAAUGGCUUACUGGAGAAAAAACUGGCAGAAUGGCCGGAGCGGUAUGCCGUAGCAGGUGCUACUGUGAAAUCCUUGCAGCAGCGCCUAGAAGAAAGCAAACGCUCGGGCAAAGAGAAGGACGCCUCGGCAGCACGUUUGAAGUCCCACAUACGGCAGCUGGAGGAGUCGGUGCAGAAAGCCUGCAGGGAGGCCGACGAGAGUGAGGCGAAGAGGGAGAGGGAGUACAAGAUGCUGCAAGAUCUGCUCGGAGAAUAUGACUCUCUGCUGAAGGAGCACGAGGGCCUGAAGAACAACGUGGUGUCAACAGAGAACAAGCUUGUCGAUGCAAAUGAUCAGAUAUUGGACCUGAAGAGAAUAAUCUCCAAACUGGAGUCUCAGGUGAAGCAGCUGGAGCAUGAGAACCAGGCCAGGGCGCGUUAUUCUUCCCACAGUAACACACAACCUUCCGGGGCUGGUCUUUUCCACCAUCCCGACCUGCUGCUGUCGCCCAGUAAAGGCAAAGUAGAGCCUGACGUCACCCGCAGGAAGUCCCCUUGUCCUCCAUCUGACCAGCUGAACAGCGGCAGAAAAUCCCCAUUCCCUCAAACCAACCAGUCGAGUCUCCACAAGAAGUCCCAGUAUUCAUCAAAUGAUAAGUCAUCAGGAACUGGGAGCUCUGUGGACACGUCUUCAGCUGGUGGGAGCUGGAGGUGUGCGUCUCCACCAGAGUGUGAACAGUCUCUGCCUCAGCACAGGCACCAGGAGCAGAGCCAGCGGGAGGCCGCUCGUAGAGACGGGUCCUGUUCCCUGACGCCCAUGAUGAGGGCCCUGAUAGAGCUGGAGGAGACCAGAGCCACAGAGAGCCGGGCCCCCUGUAAGAACAGCCCCACCACCCACAGGGUCGGCAAUCAGAGGACCACGGUCGGGUUUGUGGAGCGGAAACACAAAGAGGUGAUUCAGGAGCGAGCAGGGCUGCAGGCGGACAGGGAGGCGGUUAAACAUGGAGGAGUCGUCAUGGCACGAGCUGAGCGAGGAGGUGGAGGAGGAGGAGGAGGAGGAGGAGGAGUGAAAAAAGCUGCAGCUCUGCUGAGAGCUCAGAGGAGUUUGUCUCCAGAGGGCCACAGAUCCUCCUCACUGCCUCCUCCAGAACAUCGAAACAGACCCACUACGACACCCACAAAGAGAGGAACUUUAAUCAUGCCCAUGUCUGCAAAGUCCAGUCCGAAACGCUGCCCCACUGAGAACUACUCCACCGCUUUUGGUCACAUGAUGCCCAGAGAGGAACACCUGCACAAAAGGAUCGAUGGACAAGUUGACCAGAGGCGUCAUUCAUUCCACAGCAGCAGUCCCAGGAAGAAACUCCAAUUUACGUCCGCAGACAGAGAAGAUGACCUCCAGCAGCCAGAGUCCACGGGCAGUGUGAACCCUCUGGAGGGAAACUCCCAGCUGGGCUGGGAGGAGCAGGGAGCCUGCAGUGGAGGUGAGCUGCAGGACUCGUGUGAGGACUCGGCUCCACUUCUCCUGGACAGACUCCACUCGCUGGCUGAAGCCGAGAAACUGUUUGACGAGCUGACGCAGGAGAAACUGCAGAUUGAGGCAGCUUUGAGCCGGAUGCCUGGAGCAGGCGGCAGAGUGACUCUACAGACCAGGUUAGAUGAGGUGGCCUUAGAGAAUCGUCUGGAGAGACUGAAUCGUGAGCUGGGAUCCAUCCGCAUGACCCUGAAGAGAUUCCACGUCCUCCGCUCCUCUGCCAACAUAUAGCAAUGUCUGUCUUUUUACAUCACAGUGUAGAUGCUACAACUUUAGUGUCUUGGUUUUAUACACUGCACUGAUUGUCUCUCUGUGCCAUGAGUCCAUCUGUACAGUAACUCAUCUUUUUAUACGUAUUACUCUGGGAUAUUUUUUAUAUGUCUGAAAGAUAUUGCAAUUUUAUGAGUCUAUUUUUAGAAAUACACAGAUUUGUAAAGUCAUUUACUUUUUUAGUCACAGAAAUAUUAAUAUGAUAUGUUUUACUCGCCAUAUUCAGGUGUAGAUUUUUAAAAUCUGCUAUGUGAAUGAUCAAAAAGAAUUUCCAGCAGAGACAUUCAUCCACUUGGGAAAUAUCACUGCCAUUUUUGUUCAUGUGUUGAUGGAUAUUUUUUUAACAUGACUUCAAAUGUAUUUAUUUUAUGUUUUUAUAUGUAUUUUACACUUUUAUUUCUUUCACAAAUGUUUUUUUUGUAUUUGUUUUGGGCCAAAUUUAUCGAACUUGAAGGAAAUGUUUGUUUACUUGAAUCAAAUCGCCUUUUUUCCUUCGUUUACUUUCCAUUACUGCUCGUCACUUUCUUUGCUUUACGUUCCAUAUUCGCUAACAGGACUGGACGCUCCGGAUCAGAGCCACUUGUAAAAUCCAAACCAGCACACUUUUUCAGCAAACACACACAUUUUCAAACAGCCGGUUGUUUCUCCUUCAGCAAUGCUUGUGCAUGGAAUUUCUUGCACUGCUUUCUUUUGCCAUGCAGUUUUACUACCAGACAUGAUCUUCACUGGAACUAUAAUGUUGUUGUUGCACAAUAAAUGAAGCUUUUUUUU